CUUCAACUUCAAACAAACCAUCUCAAGACUAUCACUUUAACCAAUCACCAUCAUGGCAGACGCCAGAGCUCCAAAGGUCAAGAACAGAGCACCAGCUCCAGUUCAAAUCACUGCAGAACAACUCUUACGCGAAGCUCAAGAAAGACAAGAGACUGGAGUAGCAGCACCGCGUCAAAAAGUUGAAGAUUUUGAAGAACUUCAUGAAUAUAGAGGUAGAAAACGUAAAGAGUUUGAAGAAGUGAUUAGAAGAACUCGUCAAGAUUUAAGAGCUUGGACAAAGUAUGGAACUUGGGAAGCAUCACAAAGUGAAUUUGCUAGAGCUCGUAGUGUAUUUGAAAGAGCAUUAGAUGUAGCACCUACUUCUGAAAAACUUUGGUUAAGUUAUUGUGAAAUGGAAUUAAAAGCACGAAACAUACAACAUGCCAGGAACUUAUUCGAUAGAGCUGUGACCUUAUUACCACGCAUCAAUCAGAUAUGGUAUAAAUAUGUUUAUUUAGAAGAGUUACUUGGAAAUAUUUCAGGGGCUCGUCAAGUUUUUGAAAGAUGGAUGUCAUGGGAACCCGAUGAGAAAGCUUGGAGUGCGUAUAUCAAGAUGGAAGUUAGGUAUCAAGAAUUAGAUCGAGCUAGUACACUUUAUGAACGAAUGAUUGCUUGUCAUCCUGAUCCUAAGAAUUGGAUCAAAUGGGCCAAGUUUGAAGAAGAAAGACAAAAGAUUGAACGAUCCCGAGAAAUCUUUCAAAUGGCAUUUGAAUAUUUUGGUGAAGAAGAAGAUGAUUUAGAAAGAGCUCAAAGUAUUUAUACAUCAUUUGCUAAGAUGGAAAGUCGACAUAAAGAAUACGAUCGAGCCAGAAUGAUCUACAAGUAUGCUUUAGAUCGAUUACCGAGGUCUAAAUCGGUUGGGUUGUAUGCUUCUUAUACUAAUUUUGAAAAACAAUUUGGUGAUCGAGCAGGAAUAGAAGCCACAGUUUUAGGAAAACGAAGAAUCCAAUAUGAAGAAGAAUUAGCAAAUGGAGGACAACUUAAUUAUGAUGUAUGGUUCGAGUAUGCAAGAUUAGAAGAAAACGCACUCAAGUCUUGUGAUCAUGAUGAUCCACAACAAGCGAUUACAAGGAUACGUGAAGUUUAUGAACGAGCAAUUGCUCAAGUGCCUCCUAGUGAUGAUAAAAGGUAUUGGAGACGGUAUAUUUUUCUUUGGUUAGGAUAUGCUACUUUUGAAGAAACAGAAACCAAGGAUGCUGAACGUGUUAGGCAAGUGUAUGAAGCUUGUUUAAAGUUAAUUCCUCAUAAACGGUUCACCUUUGCAAAAGUUUGGGAUAUGUAUGCUCAUUUCGAGUUACGUCAGUUGAACUUGGAUAAAGCGAGGAAGAUCAUGGGAACUGCUAUCGGUUUGGCACCUAAACCUAAAUCUUUCAAGGUUUAUUUGGAUAUGGAAUUACAACUUAGAGAGUUUGAUAGGUGUAGAAAACUAUACGAAAAGUUCCUAGAAUUUGAUCCAACUUAUCCAUCAGCUUGGAUUCAAUUUGCAGGAUUAGAAAGAGGGUUAAUGGAAGUCGAUCGAGCAAGAGCGAUUUAUGAAAUGGCGAUUUCACAAAACGAUUUGUAUGAUCCUGAAUGUGUUUGGAAAGCUUAUAUUGAUUUUGAAGAAGAAGAAGAAGAAUGGGAUCGAGCUAGAAAACUAUUUGAAAGAUUGGCUUUAGCUAGUGGACAUGUUAAAGUAUGGACUUCUUGGGCUAAAGUAAAUCGUGAAAAAGUUCCAGUUGAAAAAGAUGAAAAAGCAGCAGAAGAAGCAAGACUUGAAGGCAUUAGAUUAGCUAGAGAAGUUUUGAAGAGAGGAUAUGAAGAUAUUAGAAAACGAUGGAAGAAUGAAAUCGAAGGACCUCGUUCGAUUAUAUUGGAUCAUUGGAAAUUACUUGAACUUGAAAUUGGGGAUCCUGGAUCGAUGGCUAAAGUGGAAGCCAUGAUUCCAAGACCUAUGAGAAAAUGGCGUAAAGUAGAAGGAACAGGUGAUAAAGAAGAAUAUUGGGAUUUAGUAUUUCCAGAUGAUGAGAAGGAAAGAAACCCAGGUACAUUUAAAUUGGUGGAAAUGGCACAUGCUUGGAAAGCUAAACAACUUGAAUUACAACAAGUUAAAGAAACUGAACAACAGAAGAUGAUGCCUACUAUUACCAUUACUGCUGAUUCACCUGUAUCUGAUCCUUGAAGGGAUUUGGGAAUUUUGUUUUGAUUUAGUAGAAAAGUUUGAAAUUAUAUUGAACU